CACGUGAACGCGCCUUAAGCCGAAUUAGAAAAUCCUGGGUUAACAAAGCUAGCUGAUAACUAGCUUCAUAACACCGGUUGUCUUUAAUCCGUUUCCGUCGCAUGGACAGUUAUUGAUUAAUGUUGAAGCGUGCCUUGACUAAACUGCACUAUUUAUUACGAUCGGGUUUAUUCCGUGUGAAGACCGUGGGUAACGAUUUGAUUACUAAAUCGAGCAUUGAAACAUCUCGGAUAACUGCGCGCACCCGCUCGGUCACAAGGGAAAAGCAAUCGCACGCAGAAACCCGGAUCAUUAUAAAUGAACACAGACAGAGAUUUCCAGAUGAUGAGAAAACAGGAGAGGGCACAUUUCUUCAGCUCUAAAGAGCAGGAACUCAUUUUGAAGUUGUAUGAAGAAGAGCGAGAGAUAUUGACAGCCAAAUCAAACACUACCAGUGCCUCUAAACUGAGAGAAGAAGCCUGGCAGAGAAUUGCUGAUAAAAUAAACAUGGUAACGGACAGCGGCUACAAAAGGUCGUGGCAGCAAGUGAAAGUCAAACAUAAAAAUAUAGUGCAAACAGCAAAAAGAAGACAGGUCGAGGUGAUGAGGAAUGAAGGGGGGUCGCCAAUGCCGUCGCUGACUUCUGCAGAGGAGGAUGUGCUGCAGCACAAAGACAACAGGCUGCGAGUGGAGGUCCUAGGAGGUGCUUGUAUUGAGCCACUGACUGGAUCUGACAGCUCAUUUAUUAGUGUCUCAGGCCAUCCUGUCCUCCUCUUGCCUGUAACAAAGACUGAACCAGAGAGCCUGAGCAGUGAUGAGACAGACGUCAGUGACACUCAUUUUGAAGGGGAUGUGCACAGCUUCCAGGAGAGGGAUAACUCAGCUUGUGCUACAAUCGGUGGAAGAAGUGCUGUGAGGCAGACAGAAGAUAUAAAAACCCUUUACUGCUGCUACCUCAAGAAAGAGAUAGAAAACCGUGACCAACAGAUGGCAUACAGAGCACUUAAAAUGAGGAAGAUGGAGAAAGAAAUGUUAUUACUCGAUAAGCAGCUGCUGUGACCAUGCAAAGAAAUGCUAAUGUUUUAUCUCACUAUUAUAUGUUAAAACAAUGUUUUAUUUAUUCCUGGUCUGACAGUUGUAAUACACUGCGUCAGUCACAUAAUUUGUUUUAUAAACUCGGGGGAGUUAACUGCAAUGUCUUUUGUGUGUCGUACCCUUUCUUAUUGUUGCGGUAUUGCACUGUGCAACUCUACACAUGCAGCAGCACACAGGGCCGACUAGUGCAGUCAGCAGAUGUUGACAGUAUUGGAAUCUUCCCUUUAAUUGACAACAUGUUAUUUCAAUCCCGAAAUCGUCUCGGCAAGAGUUGCCACAAGGUCCAGGCCCGGUGAGACUUCAGGGCAGUGUCAUGAAGAUGUGGAGCCUCUGUGGAGGCUCUGUGUAA